GGUGGUGAAAGAAGAGAUCUCUGAUGACAAUGCCAAGCUUCCAUGCUUCAACGGCCGGGUGGUGUCAUGGCUGGUGUCUGCAGAGGGUUCCCAUUCAGAUGCUGGCUCGGUCUGUGCCGAUAACCAGACAGAGCUGCCACCCUCCAUGGAGCGCACAGGAGGAAUUGGAGACUCCAGGCCUCCCUCUUUCCACCCUAACACUGGGGGGAGUCGAGAAAACUUGGACAAUGAGACAGAGACAGACUCAGUGGUGUCAUCCCAAAGGGAACGACCUCGUCGGACCGAAGGGCCUGAGCAUGCACCCAGGGUAAAUGGGACAGUAAAGGGAGAGCGGCGCCGAGACCUGGGCGGCUAUGAGAGCUCCUCCACACUCAUGAGCAGUGAGCUGGAGACCACCAGCUUCUUUGAUUCAGAUGAAGAUGACUCCACCAGCAGGUUUAGCAGUUCAACAGAGCAAAGCAGUGCUUCCCGUCUAAUGAGGAGACACAAGCGACGCCGGCGGAAACAGAAGGCUCCACGCAUUGAGCGGUCAUCGUCCUUCAGCAGCAUCACAGACUCCACCAUGUCACUGAACAUCAUCACAGUCACACUGAACAUGGAGAAAUACAACUUCCUGGGCAUUUCUAUUGUGGGACAGAGCAAUGUGCAUGGGGAUGGAGGCAUUUAUAUUGGCUCUAUCAUGAAGGGUGGUGCUGUGGCUGCUGAUGGCAGGAUUGAGCCAGGAGACAUGCUCUUGCAGGUAAAUGACAUCAACUUUGAGAACAUGAGCAACGAUGAUGCUGUGCGGGUGCUGAGGGAGAUUGUGCACAAGCCGGGGCCCAUCACCCUGACGGUGGCCAAGUGCUGGGACCCCAGCCCCCGGGGCUGCUUCUCGUUACCCAGGAGUGAGCCCAUUCGGCCCAUUGACCCGGCAGCCUGGGUGUCUCACACAGCAGCGAUGACCGGCACCUACCCAGCGUACGGUAUGAGUCCAUCCAUGAGCACAAUCACUUCCACCAGCUCCUCCAUCACCAGCUCCAUACCAGAGACUGAACGCCUCGAUGACUUUCACCUGUCCAUCCACAGUGACAUGGCCACCAUUGUCAAAGCCAUGGCCUCACCAGAGUCAGGCCUGGAGGUGCGUGACCGCAUGUGGCUGAAGAUCACCAUCCCCAAUGCCUUCAUUGGUUCGGAUGUGGUGGAUUGGCUCUAUCACCAUGUAGAGGGCUUUACAGACCGUCGUGAAUCCCGCAAAUAUGCCAGCUAUCUGCUGAAGGCUGGGUACAUCCGACAUACUGUCAACAAGAUCACCUUCUCAGAGCAAUGCUAUUACAUCUUCGGGGACCUCUGUGGAAACAUGGCUAAUCUGUCUCUUCACAAUCAUGAUGGCUCCAGCGGUGCCUCUGAUCAGGACACUUUGGCUCCGCUCCCCCACCCAGGAGCUGCACCCUGGCCUAUGGCUUUCCCAUAUCAGUAUCCACCUCCUCAUCCAUACAACCCCCACCCCGGCUUCCCUGAUCCAGGAUACAGCUACGGAGGGGGCAGUGCAGGCAGCCAGCACAGUGAAGGGAGCCGGAGCAGUGGUUCCAAUCGCAGCGGCAGCGAGAGAAGGAAGGAGAGAGAGAAGACUGGGGAGUCCAAAUCAGGUGGCAGCGGGAGUGAGUCGGACCAC